AUUCUUGUUGGAAAGACCAGUCGCUACCAUAAGCUAAAUAUUGCAGGACGCUUUGGCGUUCUUAGGAAAUUGUAUACCAGUCAAUGACAUUGAGUUGUAUAUACGGAAAAUUAUUCGAAUACUUCACUUGACAACUGCAUUAAAGUUUUCCCUACUGAUUUAUUGAAACCGAUUUAUUUAUUAGUCUUUUGUAUAUAAUAAAGUUUUCACGUUAAUGGCUAAUAUGUUGAUUCGGACUAAGUGUAAAUUUAAUACAGCUGUUUUAAUACGAGUGUUGUUUUUGGGAAUACCCUUCGCACAUUAUUUCUUGUUCGGCGCGAUUGUAGGUGAAGAGAAAAUUACAGGAAUCGAGUUCUCUUCUCGACAUCUGCUAUCAAUUGAUGUGCAUGGAAAGAACUGUACCCCACCAGCGAUUCUUGAGUUUCCUUCGGAUGGUCUUAAUAGGAAUCAGAGGCAACAGGGCUUCAUCUUGUUGCAUUGUGUCCUGGCCAUCUACUGCUUUCUUCUUCUCGGCGCUGUCUGCGAGCACUACUUCGUCCCCGCUAUCGAGAUGAUAUGUGAACGUCUACACAUGGAAUCUGACAUAGCUGGUGCAACAUUCAUGGCCGCAGCGAGUUCAAGUCCGGAGCUAUUUAUAAAUUGUGUUGGCACUUUCGUGACUGAAGGAGAUUUGGGAGUGGGCGCGGUCGUUGGCUCAGCAGUUUUUAAUGUACUCGCUGUACCAGCGUGCUGUGCCCUCGUUGCCGGCAGGGUCAUAGAGCUGGACUGGUGGUCUAUAUCUCGCGACUGUCUGAUGUAUGCAGUAGCCGUACUGGCUCUUAUCCUCACUUUAAUGGACGAUAAGGUUUACUGGCAUGAAGCACUUCUACUCGUUCUCAUGUACACACUUUAUAUACUGGCGAUGGUAUUUAAUGACAAACUUGGAAAUUUUGUCAGAAGUGGAUGCUGCUACACUCGAAAGCCAAAACUGUUCACUGAGGUGACACCUCUUUUGUUUAAAGAAAAGGACUCAUUAGAUACUGAAAAUCGUGUCACCGUGAAAAAUCAAAAAAUAAACGACGUCGAACAGGGGACAAAGUUGACAAAAACAUGCAACUCCACAGACUUAGAAUCAAGCAAAAUUUAUCUUUGGUCCUGGCCCGAUGGUAUGUCUUCCACAAAGAAAUUCUUCUGGGUCGUGACUUGGCCUCUUUGUCUGCUCCUUUGGAUCACGAUACCUGACUGUAGACAACACCCACGUCUUUACCCACUCACUUUCAUGAUGUGCGUAACUUGGAUUGGUGGGGUUUCCUAUAUAGUAGCCUGGAUAAUCACUAUCAUUGGUGAUACUCUAAAUGUUCCCGAUAGCAUUACGGGAUUGACAAUUCUUGCUGCAGGGACCAGCCUCCCUGAAGCCGUCUCCAGCGUUCUUGUGACUAACCACGGACACGGCUCUAUGGGUAUAAGUAACUCUAUUGGAUCAAAUACUUUCGACAUUCUACUGUGUCUGGGUCUCCCUUGGCUUAUUAAGUCCCUCUUCUACCCAUGCGUACCUGGUAACCACUGGGUUCAGCUAAAUUCAAGCGGAUUGUCGUAUAGCGCCAUCUCUCUUUUAUCCACGCUGUUUGCACUAUACGGCGCUCUCGCUUUAAACAAAUUUCAACUAGAUUGGAAAGUUGGCUUCACCUGCGCCGGUGUCUAUCUCGGUUUCUUAGUAUUGGCUGCACUGAUUGAGUUGAACGUACUUUUUGAAGUCAAUUUGCCAAUAUGUCCACAUUUUUAAUGGCAUUUUUUAUAGUUAACAUUAAGUUUUUAUAAAUAUUAAUUUCCUACAGAGGACAUUGUAACGCCCUUUUAGGUUAAGUAUAACAUAUCGUAUGUUAUUUUAUAAGUUUAACAACAUUUGUGCCUAACAAUUUCUGAAAUGAAGAUCAAAGCGAAUUUCUCGCCUAAACGGGCCAUCGGAUAGGCUCCUUUAUGAUAGGAUAACGACUUGAUAGGAUUUCUAAACAUUCAAAAACAAACUUCACCACAAAGUACACCCCAGCGACUACAAUUGAAUAAACUAUGGCAAUGAAAUUGAGACAUGUCUUUCUAAGUAAUACAUAUAGCUGAUUAAAUAGGUUUUUGUAACAUGUGAUGAAGAAUGUUAUAUAUUCUGUCCUAUCUUGAAUGUAUUCUUACUUUCGCCUUUCAAUUUCAUAUUUUGCGUGACUGAUGCGUAUUGUUCGUUGUAUUCUUGUCUAUUAACAAUUACCAAGACUUAAGGUUAAUUAAAUUAAUAAGCAAAUAA